CAGUGAGAAUGAUAGUUCACGGAUGCCGCAGCUGGUGGGAGGAGUCGUCUAGUUGGUUGCGACUGUUCACUUCCUGGUUACUGCAGGCGGUUUUGGGAGUUUUGUGAUGAAACGAGUGUUAGGAAACUGGGCAGAGUCGGUGCAUAUCACUCUUACACUCGUGACAUUACCCUUCACCAUUCGUGCGAGUGGAGUCUGUAAAUCCAUCAACACCAGAGCGUCCAGUGUGUGUACAAUAAGUUCUGUCUCCAUGUCGUCUGCACCGCACAUCAAGGCCCGUUGCACAGUGUACCUCGGCUCAGACAAACAACGCUUCCCUGUUCCAGAUGAUAAAGUGAGCUGGGCGACGCUCUGGCCCGAGUACAGUCCUGUGAACUACACUGCACCGUCUGUGCUGAAGAAACCUGCCUGGGCUGAUCCAGACAUCGGUUCUUUUUCUCCUCGGUUUAACUCGCUUGACGGGUCUGUGGAUAGGCGGAGCCAUGAAGGAGAUUACAGCAUACAGGAUGGUCGUCCACUUAACCCUAGAGGAAGAACUGGCCUGAAUGGACGGGGUCUUCUUGGCAGGUGGGGUCCUAACCAUGCUGCAGAUCCCAUAGUAACCAGGUGGAAGCAGGAUUCUACAGGCAAGCGUGUUUCUCAUGCUGUCUCUAAACGUCCUGUGUUGCAGUUUGUGUCCAUCAAGAGGAAAGACUGUGGAGAAUGGGCCAUCCCAGGGGGUAUGGUCGACCCAGGAGAGUUGGUGUCUCAGACUCUGCAGCGAGAAUUCUCAGAGGAAGCUUUGAACUCUUUCCAGGCUUGUCCAGAAGAGCGCAACAAGAUCUACGAGCGGAUCUCGAAGCUGUUCAGUUCACCUGGUUUUCAGGUGUAUAAAGGUUAUGUCGAUGACCCAAGAAACACAGACAAUUCCUGGAUGGAAACAGUUGCUGUUAACUUUCAUGAUGAACUAGGUGACAGUGUGAGCGAGCUGCCUCUGCAAGCAGGCGACGACGCAGGACAGGUCAGCUGGUGCGACGUUGAUUCUUCUCAGCCUCUGUACGCCAGUCACUCACAUUUCCUCCAGACAGUAGCGGAGGAAAGACACGCACACUGGUAACAGGAGGGAAAUGACAAGUGCCUUUGAAGAUGCGAUUAAAAAAAAUUACGUUUGAACACAAUAAUGAUUGUUUUUGUAGAUAUGUGAUAUUAGUCAUAAAUGACUAAAAUGGUGCUGAAGUUCCAGCUUGUAGCCUGGCCUUUCAUCCUGCAGUGUUGUACUUAAACUACACAAAACCGUUCAGGCACGUCUGAUUGGUUCAGAGCCGGGAUUCAUGAUUUCAAACAUGUUCUGAUGGACACAUACUGUCUCUAAUGCAUUCUUCUCUGCUGAAGUCUGACGUCAGUGCAAUAGACAGCAGUUUCAGUCUGAAUUCAGUUAAUUUAUACUCACAAGCCAAAGCACACCCAGUAUCUACUUGCAUGUACAUGGAAGACUGUCAUCUACUAUUUAUUAUAUACUGUACGUGUGCAACUUAAUUAAAGACUUGGAAAAAAUGAAAGUAAAUUCAUUAAGACCUGUAAAAUUGAAUAGAAUUUUUCCUUAACUACAAAUAAUCACUCAACACUGUGUCACUGAUAUAAUAAAUACACCUUGAAGUCUCUCUCUUA